AUGGCGAACGAAAACGAUCAUGCUACGGCCGAGGUGAACGGUUCCAAUGGUAUCAACAGUUCCAACGGUGUCAAUGGUUCCAAUGCUACCAACGGCGCUUCGGGCUACCAGUACUCCCGCCAGUACCUCGGUAAACCAAGACCAAUUCGCAUUGUUGUAGCUGGUGCAGGAGUGUCUGGUAUUGCUGCCGUCAAGCUAUUCAAGGAGAAGUUCGUUGGGCAACCGGUAGAUUUGCAAAUCUACGAGAAAAACCCGGAUGUAGGGGGAACCUGGUUUGAAAACCGUUAUCCAGGUUGUUCUUGCGAUGUACCGGCACAUUCGUACACGUAUUCUUGGGAAGGAAAUCCUCGUUGGUCAAAGCCUUAUGUUGGCUCCCCCGAACUCUUCAGCUAUUUUAAAGGUCGUGCGAAGGCAUACGGUGUCUUUGAUUAUACCAAGUUAGAGCACCGUGUGGUAGGUACAACUUGGGACGACAAGACGGGACAAUGGCAGAUCGAGGUUGAAGAUAUCAAAGCGGGUAAAAAGUUCCUUGACAAGGCUGAAGUUUUUAUCAACGCUUGUGGGUUUUUGAAUACUUGGAAGUGGCCUGAUAUUCCUGGGCUAGAAACUUUCAAGGGACACAUGGCACAUUCUGCUAGAUGGGACGAAUCCUACUCCUUCAAUGAUAAGGCUGUGGCAGUCAUUGGAAGCGGUUCCUCUGCAAUUCAGAUUGUACCCAAAAUACAACCCAUUGCUAAGAGCCUGAUAUCUUUCAACCGUUCGAAGACCUGGAUCAGUCCCGAGUUUGCGGAAGACAUUGCUGCAAGCAAUAGGGAUGAGACAUUCACAGAGGAGCAACAAGCUGCAUGGGAGAAGAACCCACAGGAAUUCCUGGCGUAUCGCAAGAAAAUUGAAGGAGCUAUGAAUAACUUCUUCGACAUGCAGUUUAAAGAUUCCGAAGCCCAGAGAGUGGCAUUUGAGGUGACUACCAAGAGGAUGAGGGAGCGCCUCACAAAAGAGGGGUUGGCCGAGAAGCUUAUUCCUGACUUUGCUUUUGGAUGUCGCCGACUGACACCUGGACACGGUUAUCUCGAAGCGCUCUCUGCGGACAACGUCGAGGUCAGGACUGAUCACAUCGCGAAAAUAGUUCCAGAAGGAAUUGAAAUGGUGGACGGCACAGUCUUCAAGCUAGAUGCCAUUAUCUGCGCCACUGGCUUCGAUACAAGCUUCUGUCCGGCUUUUCCAGUUAUUGGAAAACAUGGCAAAGACUUGAGAGAUGUGUGGAAGGAAGAACCUCGCUCUUAUCUCUCUGUGGCUGCUAGUGGAUUCCCCAACUAUUUCCUUACUAGCGGGCCCAACUUCCCUCUUGCGAAUGGAUCUCUUGUCCCUUGCCUCGAACAAUGCAUUUCCUUUGCUUACGCGGCUGCUCGGAAGAUUCAACGAGAGGGUAUCAAGGGAUUGUCACCGAGACAGGAAGCUGUCGAUGAAUUCCAAGAACACAAAGAUGCCCUCAUGAAAGAUCUAGUAUGGAGCUCUGGUUGUCGAUCAUGGUAUAAGAAUGGCAAGAUUGAUGGGAAAGUGUGGGGUCCAUGGUGUGGAUCCACGCUGCACUUCCUCGAAUUGAUGGCAGAGCCACGAUGGGAAGAUUUUGAGAUCGAAUAUGUGUCACCUAAUCGCUUCCAAUACCUGGGAACUGGAAUGACGGAAAUAGAAGAGAAAGGCGGAGAUCGCGCAUGGUACUUAGCGCAACCCGGAGCUGCUUGAGCGUUGAGCGUUGAGCCUUAUAGCUAGAUUUCAUAUCCUUCUUAUAUAAACCCAGUUCCAC